AUGAAACAAACAGCUAAAGAUGUAUCAACUAUUAUAUCUAAGGGAAUAUCUGUGGGAGCAAAAAAUAUAGUACCCAAGAAAGCAGAAGGCAUAUUACCCAAGAGAACAGAUAAUAUCAAAGGAGCAGACGAGGUGGUACUCAAAGAAGUAGAAGAUGCUGUGUUCAAGAAAACAGAAGACAUAACACCCAAGGAAGCACCUGCUAUAACACUCAAGAGAACAGCAGUCGCAAGAGACAUAACUGAAAAAUAA